UCAGCUCUGGGUAAUUCUUUUUGUUCCUUUAAAACUAAAAGAAAACAUUAAAAUAAGAGUCCAAAGAGAUGAAGAGUUGCAGAGUUUCAUUAUCGAAACUGGAUCGAAAGACAAUUGAAAGAAACAGAAGAAUGCAAAUGAAAGGCCUUUGCUUCAAACUUGCUUCUCUCAUCCCUCGCCACUACAACUCUUCUAAGGAAAUAUCAUCACAGCAAGAUCGAUUAGACCAUGCCACGAGCUAUAUAAAGGAAUUGCAACAAAGAGUGGAAGAAUUGAAAAGAAAGAAGCAAUACUUAGCCAUGGAUAUGAAUGGAACCAAUAAUGACUCCAAAGAAGAUAAAAUGAUAACUGGUUCCAAUUUACCAGUAAUUGAAUUGAGGGACUUUGGUCAUAGCUUGGAGGUCACUUUGAUUAGUGGGUUAAAUACAAAUUUCAUGUUUUAUGAAGUUAUUAGUGUUCUUGGAGAAGAAGGAGCAGAAAUUGUUAAUGCAAGCUUCUCUGUGGUGGGUGAUAAGAUUUUCCACACUUUCCAUUCUCAGGCUGCUAGCUCAAGAGUAGGAGUAGAGACUUCAAGGUUAUAUCAGCGAUUGAAGGAGUUGGUUCAUUAUUAGUUCUUUUGCAGGAGAGAUUCUAGU